AUGGGCAACUUUGCUGCCAACGAGGGACUUUCGGUCUUUGUCAUUCUGGUAUGGCUGGGAAUCAACGCUUACCUGUUUGUCCAGUUCUACAUGAACUUCCUUACUGAGAGAUGGUUCUACACACGGGUUCUUAUUGGGGAUGCCCUCUCCUGGGCCAGGGCUCCUGCAGCUUGCCUCAACUUUAACUGUAUGCUUAUUCUGCUGCCAGUCUGCCGGAACCUUCUGUCCUUCCUCCGUGGCUCCAUUCAGUGUUGCAGUCGCACAGCUGCUCGACAACUGGACAGAAACAUCACCUUUCACAAGCUGGUGGCUUACAUGAUAGCAUUUCACACAGCGGUCCACAUCAUCGCCCACCUGUUUAACUUUGAGUGGUUCAUGGGAGCCCAGCUGUACAGGAACAGCAGCUCUCUGCCCUUUGUGCUGUCCCAGAUUGGCACCGGAGACAAUGCCUCCUACCUAAACCCCAUCAGGACUGACCAGACCAACCCAACCAUAGUGAUGUUCACUACCAUCGCGGGGUUAACGGGCGUGGUCAUCACCUUGGCCCUCAUCCUCAUCAUUACAUCAUCCAUGGAGGUCAUCCGCAGGUCAUACUUCGAGGUUUUCUGGUACACCCAUCACCUCUUCAUCAUCUUCUUCAUCGGACUCGUUUUCCACGGCUUUGGGCGAAUUGUCCGAGGGCAGACCGCUACAAGUCUCCUGGAGAACAAGCCAUCGCAGUGUGCAGAUCAGUUUGAGUCAUGGGGAAAGAACGGGACCUUCUGCCCUAAGCCAGAUUUUGCUGGGAACCCUCCUAUGACAUGGAAGUGGGUGGUGGGGCCUAUGAUCUUGUAUGUGUGUGAGAGACUGGUCCGAUUCUACCGCUCCCAGCAGAAGGUGGUCAUCACCAAGGUGGUGAUGCACCCGUCCAAGACCCUGGAGCUCCAGAUGAAGAGGAAGGGCUUCAGGAUGGAGGUCGGCCAGUACGUCUUCAUGCAGUGUCCCUGCGUCUCCCAGCUGGAGUGGCAUCCCUUCACCCUCACCUCCGCCCCCGAGGAGGAUCACUUCAGCGUCCACAUCCGUAUCGUGGGCGACUGGACCCAGGGCCUGUACGAGGCCUGCGGGGGGGACAAGAACGAAACCCAGGAGGCAUGGAAACUGCCCAAAAUGGCGAUAGAUGGCCCGUUUGGUACGGCCAGUGAGGACGUGUUCGGCUAUGAGGUGGUGAUGCUGGUGGGUGCUGGCAUCGGGGUCACCCCCUUCGCCUCCGUCCUCAAGUCAGUGUGGUACAAACACAUCCAGGAGAACCAGAACGUCUUCACCAAGAAGAUCUACUUCUAUUGGCUGUGUCCUGAGACCCAGGCGUUUGAGUGGUUUGCUGACCUGCUGCAGUCUCUGGAGGGACAGAUGACAGAGAAAGGCAUGGUGGACUUCCUCAGCUACAACAUCUACCUGACCCGUUGGAAAGAGACCGAGGCUGCUCACUUCAGAGUUCACCAUGAGGCAGAGAAUGACCCGAUCACAGGGCUGAAGCAGAAGACUCUGUAUGGGAAACCUAACUGGGACAAUGAGUUUACUACUAUUGGGACAAAGCAUCCAGAGAAAAAAGUAGGAGUGUUCCUGUGCGGUCCCACCCAGCUGGCUGACGUCUUGGAGAAGCAGUGCCUGUCUCACUCUGAGGCUGGCGUCAAGUUCAUCUUCAACAAGGAAAACUUCUGA